UUCAGUCUUCACAUGCAAAUCUCCACCGGAUGAUCAAAUCAUCUCCACUUGACAGCCUGUAGCCCAGAAGAACAUCCAAUUCCGUGAACCAAGCACCAUGGAAUCCAACUCCCUCAAUUAUUUUGUAUUUACUUUGGUAGGUAAUGACGCAUUAUAACCUUCCUUUUGUUUCAUUCCAAUCCAUACUUUUUCCCUCCUACCAAUAUCUCCACGUGAGACCCUCUCAGCAACUGACAACUUACGUCACUUGCCAUCCGACGGUGAAAAAACAAUUCAUCAGAAUCCCCCAGCAUGUUAACUUACACACUGAUACAAUAUAUAACAAACCGUUGACUCGGUUCCUACUCGGACUGUCGGAGCCGACGACUUCGGGAAUUUCAUCGAAAUAUCUUUCAUGGUGGAACUGGAAGAAGAAACCCCUCUGGUUUUCUGUUGUUCUAACGAUGGGUCAAACACUAUUCACUCUUCCUUCACCCCUUCAACGUACUCUGCAAGUAAAAUCCAAACCCCAUCUCUGAAUUCCCAAUCGACCAAUGAUCGAUCCCACGUUGCAGGCCGUACUUUCGUCCGGUGCGAGCUUCCUCUUGGUCACCGUUCUUUUCGCCAUAGUCUUUUCUCUCUGCAAAUUAACCAAGAAACCAGGCUCUCGCACCACAUCUCGUGCCCUAGCCAACCAUAAUUCAUCUCUGUCUUCCAUCACCAUCGACGAGAGCGCCUAUUUCGACCCUUCUCUCAGCCGAAUUUCCAUGAGCGAACUCGUGAUCGCCACUCGGAACUUCGCCAGCGACGGGAUCAUCGGCGAUGGAAGCUUCGGGCUCGUCUACAAGGCUCGCCUCUCGAACGGCGUCACUGUCGCCGUCAAGAAGCUCUCUGAAGACGCCUUCCAGGGGUUACGCGAGUUCAAGGCCGAGAUGGAGACUCUGGGCAAUAUUCGCCACGGGAACCUCGUGAAAAUGCUCGGCUACUGCGUGUCCGGCGCCGACCGGAUGCUAAUCUACGAGUUCAUCGAGAAGGGCUGUCUGGACCAGUGGCUGCACGACACCUCAACAGAAGGGGCGCCGGCGUGGUCGUCGUCCAUGGUACGCGAGCCCUUGGGUUGGGAGACCAGGAUUAAGAUCAUCAAAGGAGUGGCGAAUGGUCUGUCUUUCCUGCAUACUCUGGACAAGCCCAUCGUUCACAGAGACAUCAAGUCCAGCAACGUUCUGUUAGACUCUGAAUUUGAGGCACACAUUGCUGACUUUGGACUGGCUCGGAGGAUGGAUGAGUGGCACUCUCACGUAUCGACGCAAGUCGCCGGGACGAUGGGGUAUAUGCCGCCGGAGUACAAGGAUGGGGUCAUGGCUGCGACGGUGAAGGCCGACGUCUACAGCUUUGGAAUACUAAUGCUGGAGGUUGCGACGGGAAGGCGUCCGAGUUGGCCGAUAAAGAUUGAGGAAGGGAAGGAGGGUGGAUUGAUUGAAUGGGCGAGGAGAAUAGUGGCAAAGGAGCGGCAGCUGCAGAUGAUCGAUGCGUCAAUGUCGAAAGAAGGGCUGAGAGAAGCAGAAGUUCGGGAGUAUUUCAGGAUUGCUUGUUUGUGUACAAAUGAUACAUCCAGAGAUAGGCCAUACAUGGGAGAAGUUGUUAAACUGUUGAACCAAUUGUCGACAUGAAUGAUGAAUUCCCACCAUUGAAGAAGACUCCAGGUCUGAGAUGGGUGUAAAUCCUUGAAGCCUAAAUUAGAGGAGUUUGGUCGAUUGCUGGAGAGAGGAGCGUGGAGACCCUUUUCGUUUUAAUAAGUGGAGAAUCGAAAGGUAAUCAAUUUGUGUAUAAUUGUGUAGUUUUGUUAUAUGGGUAUUGUCUGACGUUUGAUGAGCUUAAGCCCUUUAUAAGCUGGAUGAUUCUUCCUUUUUGUCUUGAGAAUUUUGGGAGAGACCCAGAAAUUUUUAAGGCAUUGUUAUCACAUCAUUAGCUCCUGAAAUCAAUGCUUUUAGUUGAUGCUUCCAAAAUUUGAUUUUGCAAAAUCGAAUUUUGUUUCCUCACUCACUGAAUACAAUACAUAUAUCAGUGAUUAUUA